UGCGUCUCGUGUAGGAAACAGCUCUCAGGUCGAGGCUUAGGCCUCUGCCUGCAGCAGUUUUCAGAGAGAUCAAUUCAACCAAACCUCUGGACCACGAUGCCCCUAUCUUUAGUGGGCAGCCAAGUCCACCGCCCCGGACUGCCGGCCAUCCACACAAGCCGUGGAUAGAAACCCACCCACCCGACCUCGUCCCUGAAAGAAAAGGGCUCCCCCAUGGUCACUGGAAGUACUGGGAGUGGGGGAGAGGAGGAAGGCCUGCCUUUAAACAUCCAGGCUACGGACUUGAGUCUUAAGAAAAUGCCCGGAUCAGUCCAGGCCUCGCUGACGUAACUUCUCCGCCACCGGAACCGCCUCAAAACCGAGGACGACAAACAAACAGCUGGACCGGCUCACAGAGACAACGAAGCGAGGAAAAGGGAAGGAAGCCUAUUGCCAUUUUUAACAGGCUCCCGCUCCGAACCCCGUAACCAACCUGAAUGAAAGGUAAUUUUCCAUUUUACAGGGAGCAACAAUUUAUCUAUUCUCAAGAGGAAAAAAAGAUACUUCUUCAAGGAAAUGGUUUGGCUUGAAAAGCAUAAAGCAGUUCAUGAUUUUCUACAUGAUCAAGUAAGCAACAAACUCAUAACAAAAAGUCUACCGUGAGGUAAGGAAUACCAGAAUUGUUGCUUUGCUUUAGGAAGAAGGAAAUGUGAAACAUCACCAACAUGAUUUAUGUGAAAACAGACCCUUAAGAAGUAAGUCCUUUGGCUUUAUUACUAAUGAAAGUGACUACAGCUGUCCCUCGCCACCGCGAAGGUUCUGUUCCUGGAAAAUCUUGCGGCUGGUGAAUUCCGGUUGGAGAGCCAUUGAAAUCAAUGGCAAACGGUGUUGGGGGAAUUGUGUUCACAAAAAGACCACAAAACAGUGAAAAAUAGAUAGAAUGUUCCCCUGGCCCCCUGAAAUGUCCCCCCAAACUGGCAAAAAUGACCCCCUGACCCCGGAUCCCCCUCCCACAAUAUGGUUAAAAACAACAACUCUCCAAUCGAUCAAUCUUUAUUACGGUCAUAGACCAGCAUAAAAAAACUUGCCAAACAGCAGAUAUUCUGGUCGCAGUUGGCAAGGGUGGUCACAAUUUCCCAGUCGUGGAUACUCAGCUCUUCAACUGGGAAAACCGCGAUUGACAAGGGAUGACUGUACCUGGUUUAUUUCAACAAUUAAACCAAUCAUUCAAACAGCUAUGAUGGUUAAACAUCUAUUUGAUCAUUUUGGUGUCUUUUUUUUCAGAUUGAAAGGGAAUUUUUAAAAGACACAAUGAGUUGUCCAUCCAUUCUCUAAAGAUGUUAUCACUAUAAGUAGUUACUCUUCAUCAGAUAAGUUGCUGAAAGGAAAAUUCCAUCUUUUAAAACAGUGCAUGAUAUAUAAAACUAAUCCAUCUUUCUUAUGAGGCAAAGCAGUAGAUUUAUCUUCAGGAAUAUUGGCAUCACAGGAAUUUUGUUGCUUUAUCUCAUCCAGAAGUAACAGCACAAGGCAUGUGAGUGAGAAGGAAGGAAGCCCUGAGAUUUAUGCAGUGGUUUUGAAUGCUGCUGCUUUUGCCAUUCAGAAGGGAUUGUUCCUUCUCAUGAUGUUUAAACAAUGCUAAACGUCUCUCUAGUUAUUCUUUCAGAUGGAUCUAAACAAGACAUGUGACUUUGGACACAUCUGCAAAUCUAGAGCCAACCAGAUGAGCAACUACUAGAGAGGAAAUCUGUGGCAAGGGAAUGAAUUGUUUGCUGCCAUGGCCAGAAGGGCUUUAAAGCUUGCAUCAUUUGCCACGGUAGCAGCAGCCACCACUGGUUUCUACCUGCACAGCAACAAGCAGCUGGAUCCCAAUGAUUUUGGGGUUGUUCGAGUAGGCAGAGCUGUUGCCACGACAGCAGUGAUUACCUAUGACUAUCUCACUUCUCUCCGGAGUGUUCCACGUGGGACAGAAGAGUAUGAGUAUGUCAAAUCACAGGUGCAUCUGCGUUCUGCAAAACGUCUCCGAGAUCUGUGCUGUGCCAACCGGGGCACCUUCAUCAAAGUGGGACAGCACCUGGGGGCUCUUGACUAUCUCCUGCCUGAGGAAUACACCCACACGCUCAAGGUGCUACACAGCCAAGCUCCUCAGAGCAGUAUGGAAGAGAUUGAGCAAGUGAUCCGGGAGGACCUGGGAAAAGAGAUUAAGGAGCUGUUUGUAAGUUUUGAAGAUGCCCCACUGGGAGCAGCAUCCCUGGCCCAGGUGCACAAGGCUGUGCUGCAGGAUGGGAGGACGGUGGCAGUGAAGGUCCAGCAUCCAAAGGUUCAGGCUCAGAGCGCUAAGGAUAUUCUACUGAUGGAGAUCCUCCUGGUGGCUGUGAAGCAGAUCUUCCCAGACUUUGAGUUCAUGUGGUUGGUGGAAGAGGCAAAGAAGAACUUGCCUCUGGAGCUGGACUUCCUUAAUGAGGGACGGAAUGCUGAGAAGGUGGCCCACAUGCUCAAAUCAUUUGAUUUUCUGAAGGUACCAAAGAUUUAUUGGGAACUCUCAACCAGGCGUGUUCUUCUCAUGGAGUUUAUGGAAGGUGGGCAAGUGAAUGACAAGGCCUACAUGGAGAGAAACUGCAUCAACGUCAAUGAGAUCUCUCGCAACCUGGGGAAGCUCUACAGCGAAAUGAUCUUUGUGAAUGGUUUUGUCCACUGUGACCCACAUCCUGGCAAUGUGCUGGUGAGAAAGUGCCCAACGACAGGCAAGACGCACAUCAUACUCCUGGACCACGGACUCUAUCAGGACCUGACAGACAACUUCCGCUUGGACUACUGCCAGCUUUGGCAGGCCCUGAUCAAAGCUGACGUGAAGCGAGUACAGAAAUACAGCCGGCGUCUGGGAGCAGGUGACCUGUACCCCCUCUUUGCUUGCAUGCUCACUGCCAGGUCCUGGGAAUCAGUGAACAGGGGAAUUGAUCGGUCUCCAGUCACAGCUAAAGAGGAUGUGGAAAUCCGGAGCAACGCUGCUGCCUACUUACCUCAGAUCAACAAGCUUCUCAACAACGUCCCUCGUCAGAUGCUGCUGCUACUGAAGACCAAUGAUUUGCUGAGGGGGAUCGAGUCAGCUCUGCAAACACGGGCCAGCGCCAGCUCCUUCCUCAACAUGUCUCGCUGCUGCAUCCGAGCCGUCUCCACGUAUCAGAGGAGCAAGAGCAUCUCACUGUACAGAAAGACACAGAUAUCCCUCUCGGAGGCCCUGAGCCUGUGGCAGAUCAGCUUGUAUGAACUCUUCUUGAGGCUGAAGGGGUCCCAGCUGGGGAACUGGGUCAUUGCUUUCCUGAGCUGGAUGCACCAUUCCUCAUAGUGACAUGAACCGGUGGGAGAAGCCAGGCCAAUUACUUCCUUGCCUUUCCCAAUGGAGGCAUUCUGUUCGUAUUUAUUCCACUGGAGUUUUCUGGGUCUGUUUUCAUGUGACCUUGUUGCCUUUCGCAGGGUCACUUCUCUCUGGCAGAGCAAAGGGUGAAAGUGUGAAACAGCAGCUAGAGCUCAGAGGUUGUGGGGGGAAGGCUGCUGGAAGCCUCUCAGUUCUCAGGUUUUUGGAGGACCUCCAGGUGACAUCUUAAAGGACUACAUAAACAGAUUGACUUCCUGUAGGUCCAGGUAAAAAUAUACAUGAUUAAGAAAAUCCAGUUCUGCCAUAGAAUUUCUAUACAUUUUGCAAAACAAGUGUCUAAUAAUACCCUUUAGGGUUUCUUGAGCAGGCACUACAGAACCCUUGCAUUAAUCCCUGUUCAGUUUUACUAUACUGUUUCACAAGAAAAUGGAAAUUAAGUGGACAAGAGAUUGAAAGCCAAGAUGUCUGACUGCUACGCUCAUUCCAGGUUCUGUUCCACCUCUGCCACUAAGUGACUGUAAGAUUUUGGAUGCAUCACCCACAUCUUCUUUGCCUUAGUUGCCUGAUGUGUAAAAUGGAAGCAGCUGUGCCAGCCUGCCUUGGAAGAGUUCAGAGAGAAAGCACUGCAGAAUGGCAAUGUAUCAUUGUCUCGGAAUUCAUUUACAAGUCAGUGUUAGUCAUGUAUGUGUAUUGCAGGGGGAAAUAAAAUUGGGUGUCCUCCACUGGGAGGAAAAGAGUA